AGUAACGCAUAUGUUGAUGAACACACAUUGGGUAACAACAUUAUCAAAGCAGAUUUGAUUAUUGACUCGGAUUCUAAAGAAGAUAAGAUAUUAGAAUCAACAGUGAAAAUAUCAAAGAUUCAAAUGUUAAUGAAUUUAGCAAUGAAGCACAAUUCCUAA